AAAUGCUUCAUGUAAAAUCAUGAGAUAAAAAUGAUAAAUGUCUGAAAAAUGAAAAAGCACAAUUCAUUUCCACAUUAAUGACUCAAAAGGCUGUAAUUUUUCAAAUAACAUGUUUAAUUUUAAUAUAUAUAAAAAAUUGUAAGUGUAAUAUUGCUUUUAGAUGAAAUGUUAAAACGGCUUGCCAUAUCCUUGAUAGUUUGGACUUAUCACAUACUACACAGUCAAAUGGCCACGCAUUGCUCAAUAAGAAAAACGGAAUCCGGCAUCAAUUCUGACAUUUGUGGUCAGCCGUACAGCGUGUCAGUGCUGAAGGAGGGUUACUGUACGGCUGAAGAUGACGGCGCGUUCAGGGCAGACGGCACUAUAACUUUAAUCACUGGACCAAACAUUAUUUUAGUGGACACAGGCGGUCCGUGGGACAGAGACUUUCUCGUGGCUAAACUCAAAGAGAAGGGUUUGACACCAGACAGCGUUGAUAUAGUUGUCGGAACCCACGGUCACUCGGACCACGUGGGAAACUUAGGGUUGUUUCCUGAGGCCAAAAUAAUUGUGGGAUCAGACAUAAGCGUAAGAGAUAAAUAUCUGCCAAACCAGCUGGCUGAAGGACAGCCGUACACUAUAGAUGACUUUGUAUCUAUCAUUUUCACACCUGGUCACAUGGGCAGAGAUGUCAGUGUCCUGGUGAAAGGCACAUCAGAGGGUUCAGUGCUUGUUGCAGGAGACUUGUUUGAACGCUGUCAUGAUGAAGAUUCUUGGAAAGAGCUGAGUGAGAAUCCUCAGAUUCAAGAGGCCAACCGGCAGAUGGCGUUACAGAUGGCUGACGUCAUCAUUCCUGGACACGGGCCAUUAUUUCGAGUUCAAAGGGAGUAACAGCACUGACACAAUCCAGGACCUGAAGUUGAGUUACCUGAACAAUCUUGACCUUAUUGAAGAACACGUUCAUUUAGGUCACCAGUCAGUGUGAUUAUGAUUUAGAAAUAGCUUUUUGUUGCUGACUCUGAGCAUUCACUUCUUAUAUUACUCAUAAGUAUUUCACAUCCGGCUGUCUGAAGUGACUUCAAAAAGCUAAUGUGGCUGGAAAAAGUGUGUUUCGCACUUUACACUGGUGUAAUAAGGCCAUUGGAAACAUAACAUACAGUGGAAAUCAGGUCGCAGUGCUUUUUGCUGAAAAUUAAAUAAUUUAAAUCAUGAAUGUUAUUCGUGGCUUUAUAGCCUAAAGUAUGCUUUUACUUUAAGUUAUAUUUAGACUUUGAAGUUAUAUUUAGACCUUAUCUUUUUUUCAACCAUGUGACAGACGAUGACUGAUUCAAUUGACGUCAGGAGUAGUUGUAAUAUGUAAUUGAGUAGUUAAUGAGGUCAAAGUUUUCAUACUAAAACUGCUUUCGGAAAAAAUAAUCUAUAGAUGGAUUAUUUUAAUGCUUGUCGUUUGUGGGAAAAUGAUUUGCUGUUGUGAAGCACCUUAGGUUAUCAAAUGCUGUAUUGAAAAAUAACAGUCUUUACAUCUUAGGACAUGUCAUUUGACAUAGCCUAAAUGUAGAUACAUUAUUUCACAUUAUAACAUGUUCAAAUUAUUUACAUUUGUUCAGUUAGCAGACUCCUUUAUCCGAAUUGGUUUAAAAAUGACUAUAAUGGAAACGAUUAAAAAAAUAUAUAUA